AUAGAAAGAAUUACGACUCAUGAAAUCGAGCUGGGGCUGGCACUUCUGACCCUCCCAGCAGGUUUCCAGAAAGCUAUUUACACACGAUGCAUUCGCCAAACCACUGGAAAUCAUUCUACCCUGUACUUUUUUCCACCCUGCCUCACGUCCUUGCCCUGUGACCGGGUUCCUACCCCAACCUCUGCCCCAACACUUAGGGGAGGAGUUGCGGGCCUCUUUUUACAGUGGAUAGGAUUCCGAAGGGGAGAGUAAAUCAGUAAGGCUCCACCCAUUUCACAGGAGGCCUAGAGACCGGCGCUCCCCUUUCCCCUCCCGCCGGACCUGCCAGGAGGUGGGCUGGCGCAGAGGGAGGGCCCUGUCCCCUGUCCCUUUAAGGAGGAGGGCCAAACGCCGGCCUAGAGUGCGGCGUAGCCCCCAUCCGCCGUGCCCUCACCCCAGAGCAGCUGCAGCCUCAGCCGGCCGCCCCUCCGCCAGCCAAGUCCGCCGCUCUGACCCCCGGCAGCAAGUCGCCACCAUGGUGAAGAUCGUGACAGUUAAGACCCAGGCGUACCCGGACCAGAAGCCGGGCACGAGCGGGCUGCGGAAGCGGGUGAAGGUGUUCCAGAGCAGCGCCAACUACGCGGAGAACUUCAUCCAGAGUAUCAUCUCCACCGUGGAGCCGGCGCAGCGGCAGGAGGCCACGCUGGUGGUGGGCGGGGACGGCCGGUUCUACAUGAAGGAAGCCAUCCAGCUCAUCGCUCGCAUCGCUGCCGCCAACGGGAUCGGUCGCUUGGUUAUUGGACAGAAUGGAAUCCUCUCCACCCCUGCUGUAUCCUGCAUCAUUAGAAAAAUCAAAGCCAUUGGUGGGAUCAUUCUGACAGCCAGUCACAACCCAGGGGGCCCCAAUGGAGAUUUUGGAAUCAAAUUCAAUAUUUCUAAUGGAGGUCCUGCUCCAGAAGCAAUAACUGAUAAAAUUUUCCAAAUCAGCAAGACAAUUGAAGAAUAUGCAGUUUGCCCUGACCUGAAAGUAGACCUUGGUGUUCUGGGAAAGCAGCAGUUUGACUUGGAAAAUAAGUUCAAACCCUUCACAGUGGAAAUUGUGGAUUCGGUAGAAGCUUAUGCUACAAUGCUGAGAAGCAUCUUUGAUUUCAGUGCACUGAAAGAACUACUUUCUGGGCCAAACCGACUGAAGAUCCGUAUUGAUGCUAUGCAUGGAGUUGUGGGACCGUACGUGAAGAAGAUCCUCUGUGAAGAACUCGGUGCCCCUGCGAACUCGGCAGUUAACUGCGUUCCUCUGGAGGACUUUGGAGGCCACCACCCUGACCCCAACCUCACCUAUGCAGCUGACCUGGUGGAGACCAUGAAGUCAGGAGAGCAUGAUUUUGGGGCUGCCUUUGAUGGAGAUGGGGAUCGAAACAUGAUUCUGGGCAAGCAUGGGUUCUUUGUGAACCCUUCAGACUCUGUGGCUGUCAUUGCUGCCAACAUCUUCAGCAUUCCAUAUUUCCAGCAGACUGGGGUCCGCGGCUUUGCACGGAGCAUGCCCACGAGUGGUGCUCUGGACCGGGUGGCUAAUGCUACAAAGAUUGCUUUGUAUGAGACCCCAACUGGCUGGAAGUUUUUUGGGAAUUUGAUGGACGCGAGCAAACUGUCCCUUUGUGGGGAGGAGAGCUUCGGGACCGGUUCUGACCACAUCCGUGAGAAAGAUGGACUGUGGGCUGUCCUUGCCUGGCUCUCCAUCCUAGCCACCCGCAAGCAGAGUGUGGAGGACAUUCUCAAAGAUCAUUGGCAAAAGUAUGGCCGGAAUUUCUUCACCAGGUAUGAUUACGAGGAGGUGGAAGCUGAGGGCGCAAACAAAAUGAUGAAGGACUUGGAGGCCCUGAUGUUUGAUCGCUCCUUUGUGGGGAAGCAGUUCUCAGCAAAUGACAAAGUUUACACUGUGGAGAAGGCUGAUAACUUUGAAUACAGCGACCCAGUGGAUGGAAGCAUUUCAAGAAAUCAGGGCUUGCGGCUCAUUUUCACAGAUGGUUCUCGAAUCAUCUUCCGACUGAGCGGCACUGGGAGUGCCGGGGCCACCAUUCGGCUGUACAUCGAUAGCUAUGAGAAGGACGUUGCCAAGAUUAACCAGGACCCCCAGGUCAUGUUGGCCCCCCUUAUUUCCAUUGCUCUGAAAGUGUCCCAACUGCAGGAGAGGACGGGACGCACUACACCCACUGUCAUCACCUAAGAAGACAGGCCUGAUGUGGUACGUCCCUCCACCCCCGGACCCAUCCAAGUCAUCUGAUUGAAGAGCAUGACAGAAACAAAAUGUAUUCACCAAGCUUUUUAGGAUUUGACUUUUUCACUAACCAGUUGACGAGCAGUGCAUUUACAAGGCACUGCCAAACAAGAUGCCCUUGGGAGCUGUGAGGGAAAGAGGACCUGCAGGCUUAGAUCAAUCUCAAUUCCUUUUCAUGCCCUCCUGCAUUGCUGCUGUGUGGGUAUUUGUCUCCUUAGCCAUUAGGUACAGUUUACACUACAAUGUAAGCUACAGGUGGAGCAUCAGCAGUGAGUGAGGCCAUUCUUCAUCCUUAGGAUGUGGCAAUGAAAUGACGGUGCAAGUUCCUUUCUCUUUUGUGAAUCUUUCCCCCCAUUUCCUGUUUACAUGUAACCCGACAAAAUGCAAUUUCUGGUGCCUUCUGUCCAAUCAGUUCUUUCCUCUGAGUGAGACGUACUUGGCUACAGAUUUCUGCCUUGUUUUGCAACAUUGUCCCAUUCACACAGAUAUUUUGGGAUAAUAAAGGAAAAUAAGCUACAA